AGCAGCUCGGGCUCGGCUCUCGCUCCGGCUCCCGCUCCGCGGAGACAGCAAGCAGAGAAGUGAGCUCAGCCCUGCUCCGCGCGGGGCCUGACCCCCACCUUGCCUUCUCCCGGGUUCCGGGGAACCCCACCCCCGCCCGCAUCCCCAGCGCGGCCACGGCCAGCCUCGGACCGGACGGCGGCGCCCAAGCUUCGGUGUGCCUCGGGCUUUAGGAGAGAUCCAUGAUGCCAAACUGUGACCGGUCCUGUGGCUGUAGCCGUGGCCCCAACGUGGAAGACGGCAAAUGGUAUGGGGUCCACUCCUAUCUGCACCUUUUCUAUGAAGACUGUGCAGGAAUGGCCCUCAGCGAUGACCCCGAGGGGCCUCCCAUCCUGUGUCCCCGCCGACCCUGGCCCACACUGUGCUGGAAGAUCAGCCUGUCUUCGGGAACCCUUCUCCUGUUGCUGGGUGUGGCAGCCCUGACCACGGGCUACGCAGUGCCUCCCAAGCUAGAGGGCAUCGGAGAGGGGGAAUUCCUGGUGUUGGAUCAGCGGGCAGCUGAUUACAACCAGGCUCUGGGCACCUGCCGCUUGGCAGGCACAGCGCUCUGUGUGGCGGCUGGGAUCCUGCUGGCCAUUUGCCUGGUUUGGGCCGUGGCCGGCUGGCUGAGCCAGGACACCAAGGCCGAAACCCUGGACACCGAAGCUGAUGGCCACGUUGAGAUCUUCGGUGACGAGCCAGAGCAACAGCUGUCCCCCAUCUUCCGCGAUGUCAACGGCCAGUCUUGGUUUUCACCACCUGCCAGCCCCUUUGGGCAAUCCUCUGUGCAGGCCAUCCAGCCAAAGCGGGACUCUUGAGCCGCCCACGAGGCUAGAGGAGGAGCCAGACCUGGGGUCUGGACCAUUCCUCUGUCCCAGACCCUGCCCUCCCACCAUCUCCUAAUUUCUCCCUGAGAAGCAGGUCCCUUCCACCUAUGUCCCCACACCACCCAGCUCCAGGUCAGAGAGUCUGGAGCGCAAAUCCCUGUGUCCCUUCCAAGGGAUUGGGCCCCAGCCCAUCCAAGAUGCCAACUUUCCCCAAGUACCCCCAAAACUUCCCACCCACCUUCCUCCCAAGGCCCUUCAGGAGUAGAACACAUCCCCCUCGAUCUAUCCCUGCUCUACUCUGACCCUGGGCAAGCCCCUUACCCUUUCAGACCAUCAGUUCCUCUCUGUGUACUUUGAGGGGGUUGGAUCAGAUUCUAGAGUUCCAUGACACCCCUAUCCUACCCGGAUAUAAGCAUUACUCUCUAUAAGCAAAGCUGGGGGGAAGGGUGGUAGGGUCAUCCCUUGGCCCCUUCAUCUGUCAGCUGCACCAGGAUGCCCGAGAACGAGUCCAAAAUGCUCACUUGGACUUCUCCAGGAUGGUGUGAAAACAGUCACCUCCUCCGGAAUGUGUUCUAUGUACAUUUUGGCCUCACAGUCCUUUGGGCCACCCCAUCGUGGGCCAUUAUCAGCCCCAGUUUACAGAUGAGGUGACUGAGGAGGGCUGGCAGUCUGCAGGAGUUUGGACCCACAUCUUCGGCCUCCUGGGCCAGCUCUUGUUCUACAUAUGGAACAGGGGACCUGAGGGACACCUCCCUGGCUUCUAGGGGACCUCAAGGGGUGGGGGACAGUUUUAGCUCAGAGAUCCUGGCUGGAGGUAGCUCAGAAGAUAAUUUGGAAAUGCAUUUAAAUGGCCUUUAAGAGCCAAGGGUCAAGAGAACUGGGAUGUCUUUGCAGCUGAAAAUGCACUCGUCUAGAAAACAUCACCCACAGUUCCUGACCUCCCUCACCCUGUAACAAAUGUGCCCUCCACCCUCCAUCCUGCAGCGACCCUGGCUAGACGCGUCAUCUCCAUUCUUACCACUAGGGGGAGCUCCGAGACAGCCGGAGAGACGCCGUAGGACUCCGCCCCAUACCCUCGCCCCCUCGGUCGCACCUCCAGCCUGGAGGGGUCUCCCGAGAGGGUCCUCCGUUCUCCCCCACCGGCAGGCACUACUGCCCUUGUGCCCCAUGCCAUUUCCCCAUACUGCGCCCCUUCCAUCUUACCCUCCCUUUCAAUAAACAGCUGGGAUGGGUAAUGAAA